AUGGACCUGCAGGAGGAGCUGUUUAGAAUUGUGAAUGCGAUGGAGAGGGAAGGGGCGGCUCCAGAAGUAGAGGAGACCAUCCAGGAGAUCAUUGGCAACCCAGAUGAAUCAUCUGCUGGGGCCUCGGUCUGGGACCUCAAUCCUCAGAUUAUCCGUCCUCUGACGCCACCAGGAAGUGAACUUCCUGAGGACUUCCUGUCUAUGGAUGAUACUCCGGAGAUCAUCAACCUGUGUUCCCUGGAGGCCAGUCCAAGCAGAGCCACGUCCUAUUCGAGGAACUCUCCACCUGCUCCAUUCCACUCCACGUCUGGUUCAGAGGUUCUGACUCCGACGGACGACAUCUUGGAGCUACUGGACAGAGCUUGUCUAACUUCCUGUUCUGUUGGUCUGUUUCAGAAUAAUGGAGAACCAGUGAGGCCUGGUGCUGAAGUCUCUCCAGAGCCUCGUCCCAGCACCUCUUAUGAUUGUGAUGAUGAUGAUGAUCACGAUGAAGCUCAUCCCGUCAACACCAAGAAAAAAAAAAGAGGGCGGGGAGAGAGCCAAGACAACGACGGACCGUAUAUAAAGAAGCCUGACAACUCUUUCAUGAUCUUCAUGAAGGAGCGAAGGCCGAGUGUUCCUGCAGAAGUAAAGAAAAAAGGAAUGGCAGCGAGCAACAAAUACCUGGCAAACAUAUGGAACUCCAUGACAGCGGAGCAGAAAAGCGUUUAUUACAGACGGGCUGAGGCUGAAGCUCUGGCCCACAGACAGAAGUACCCUGACUGGUGUAACAGUCACAACUAUGCCAUGAAGAAGAGAGUCAGGAGGAGAAUGGAUGCGGUGCAGCCUCCUGCGGUGCAGCCUCCUCUGGUGCAGCCUCCUCUGGUGCAGCCUCCUGCGGUGCAGCCAACUGUGAGACAUGUGCUAAAUGUUCCCCAGCAGGCAUACCAAGUAGUGACCCUUGGGACAGGGGAGCAGUUACUGUUUCUGCAGGUGAUGGACCCAGUCACAGGAAGACCAGGGAUUCUUCCUGUAGAGGUGUUGGGGACUUUCUUUCCACCCCAGCCAGGCGCACCCCAACCAGUCUCACCUCAGCCAGCCUCACCCCAGCCAGUCUCACCUCAGCCAGUCACUCAGGAUGGCACAGAAGAGCAGAUGAGCCAGCCAGGGGAGCUGCCACAGGAGGAUUAG